AUGGCGCCCAGGAUCCUCGGCUCUGUCUGCAUUUUACUCUUCCCCCUCCUCUGGUGCUCAACGGCAGGCACAGGGGCCCACAUCCACUCUGGCCUGUUGCUGUGCCAGCCAGCACCCAGGUGUGGGCACCGGGUAUACAACCCCUUGGAAGGGUGUUGUGAUGAUGACACCAUCCUGCCUCUGAACCAGGCCCUCCUCUGUGGCCCCAACUGUACUUUCUGGUCCUGCCUUGAGCUCUGCUGUCCCGAGUCGUUUGGCCCCCAGAAGAGGUUUGUGGUGUGAUUGAAGGUUCAAGGCAAGAAAUCCAGGUGCCCUUCCUCCCCCAUCUCCAGGGCCUGUGCCAGGUAA